AGUUGCUUUCCACCUACUAUGACGAUCAAAGUUGGGGUCCGCCUCGGUGCAGUAGUCGUCACGGCUCUCUUACUGUCGUCUGUUAUGAUGGUCGGUCAGAUGCUCUUCGUUCACCCAAGUUCUCAGCAGCUGACUGGUCCGAUAACGAACGCUUUCCUAUCACCGGUUACGUCAUCAUCAUCCUCUUACUCCAGUCUUCCGAUUUCUGGUGGUGUGCCGAGCUUGGCUGCGUUUGGGUUGGCGGCGAGUAGCAUUUUGGCAGUUCUUGGACGCAUGCGCAAGGUGGGAGCAACCUCUCGUCGAGCUGCUGCGGCUGCUGCUACUAGUUCCCCACCGAGAAAGGUGUCACGAGACGUGUCACAGCCUGGGGAUGAUUAUGACGCACCGAAGGAGCUCGAUGAUGCCUCCGUAGAUGUGGUGAUGAAUGGUCCAACGCCGACUUUGGAUAAAGUGCAGUCUCCCGAAGAUAUCAGAAAAAUGAGUCUACCUCAGCUGAAGGAUCUUUGUAAUGAUACUCGAAGGUUCCUAGUGCGAUCAGUAUCGCAAACAGGAGGUCACCUGGGAUCGAAUUUGGGUGUUGUGGAGCUCACAGCCGCCCUUCAUCACGUAUUCGAUCUGCCCAAGGAUAAACUUAUAUGGGACGUCAGUCAUCAGGCGUAUCCCCACAAAAUCUUCACUGGCCGUCGUGAGAGGAUGUCGACUCUACGACAAGGUGGAGGACUGUCAGGUUUCACCAAGCGGAGUGAAUCGCCUUAUGACCCUUUCGGUGCGGGCCACAGUGGAACUGCGAUGUCCGCAGCAACUGGUUUUGCUAUAGCAAGAGAUCAUAAGAAGCGCGUUCAUGAUGAGGCGGUUAGGGAGGGUGGUCAUACCACACCUCCGUUGUCUCCUGAGGACGACUACACUGUAGUGUCGGUAGUGGGCGACGGAGCGAUCACUGGCGGUAUGGCGUACGAGGCGAUGAACCAUGCGGGUUGGCUGAAGUUGCGGAAAUUCCUCGUUAUUCUCAAUGAUAAUGGUCAAGUGUCUCUGCCGACUGCUUACAAUGAAGUGCAUACGCCGGUGGGAGCUUUGUCGGAGGCGUUGAGCAAAAUGGGAGGGAUGGAUUCUUCCGUCCCGGACGCGAUAUCGAAGGUAUUGUCAUCACCGAGCUUCCAGGAUGCGAGGAAUACUCUAAAACUAGCUGUGAAAGCUCUGUGUCCGCCGCAACUUGCCGAGAGUCUUGGUCGAAUAGAAGAAUAUGGGAGGGGUCUUUUAUCGACCUAUAGCAGAGGUACUAUGUUUGAGGAGUUGGGAUUUUACUAUGUCGGGCCUGUGGAUGGACAUUGUUUGGAUACGUUGGUUACUGUAUUGAGCAAUCUCAAGCAGUCCAUGGAUGAGGGCAAGAUCACCAAGCCGAUAUUACUCCACGUUAAGACGGAGAAGGGGCAUGGGUAUAAGCCUGCUGAGGUGGCGCUUGAUAAGUUGCAUGGAGUGACACAGUUUGAUGUGAAGACUGAGACGAAGGCACCUAAGAAGAUGGCAUAUACGGACGUCUUUGCCAAGGCGCUGAUAGCAGCUGCUGAGAGGGAUAGUCGGAUUGUGGCCAUCACCGCUGCGAUGCCGGGAGGCACAGGUCUUCAUCAUUUCGAGAAGAAGUUUGGUUUGGAUCGGAUGUUUGAUGUUGGUAUUUGCGAGCAGCACGCUGUGACAAUGGCUGCUGGGAUGGCUGCAGAAGGGUUGGUGCCGUAUGCGGCUAUUUAUAGCAGUUUUAUGCAGAGAGCUAUAGAUCAGAUGGUGCAUGAUGUGGCGUUGCAGAAGUUGCCGGUUCGAUUUGUCCUAGAUAGGGCAGGGUUUGUUGGUGCGGAUGGUCCUACUCACCAUGGGCAGUUCGAUUUGGCGAUGUUGGGGUGCAUUCCGGGGGUGAAGAUAUGUGCGCCUGGAGAUGAGGUGCUAGUCGAGGAGGAGGGAGUUUUACAGAUUUCUAUUUUUAUGGAGUUUCACCCGUUUUACGUGAAGUGGCGUAAAACUCGGUGA